ACUGACUUUCUCUUGGUGGUGCUGAGAGAUGUAGUUCAGGCAUAUCCUGAAAUCAGAGUUAUCCUCAUGUCUGCCACCAUCGAUACCAGUAUGUUUUGUGAAUACUUCUUCAACUGUCCCAUCGUUGAGGUCUUUGGUAGAACCUACCCCGUCCAAGCUUAUUUUCUGGAAGAUUGCAUUCAGAUGACUCAGUUCGUUCCUCCACCAAAGGAAAAGAAGAAGAAAGAGAAGGAUGAAGAAAGUGGUGAAGAUGAUGAUGCCAAUUGCAACCUUAUUUGCAGCGAUGAAUAUGGCCCAGAAACAAAGCACUCCAUGGCUCAGCUGAGUGAGAAAGAAACUUCUUUUGAACUCAUUGAGGCCCUGCUAAUUUAUAUCAAGACCCUGAAUGUCCCAGGAGCUGUACUUGUUUUCUUGCCUGGCUGGAACUUGAUAUAUACAAUGCAGAAGCAUCUAGAAAUGAAUCCACGCUUUGGGGGCUACCAGUAUAGAAUUUUACCUCUGCAUUCACAAAUUCCUCUGGAGGAACAACGACGAGUGUUUGAUCCUGUGCCUCCUGGAGUAACAAAAGUUAUUUUAUCUACCAGCAUCGCUGAGACUAGCAUUACCAUCAAUGAUGUGGUCUAUGUUAUAGACUCCUGCAAACAAAAGGUGAAGCUGUUCACUGCCCAUAAUAACAUGACAAACUAUGCCACAGUCUGGGCAUCAAAAACGAAUUUGGAGCAGCGGAAAGGAAGAGCUGGACGUGUGCGUGCUGGGUUUUGUUUCCAUUUGUGCAGCAGAGCUCGCUUUGAAAGACUUCAAACUCACAUGACACCCGAAAUGUUUCGAACACCACUUCAUGAAAUUGCUUUGAGCAUCAAAUUGCUGCGACUGGGAGGAAUCGGUCAGUUUUUGGCCAAAGCAAUAGAACCACCACCUUUGGAUGCGGUGAUUGAAGCAGAACGCACGCUCAGAGAGCUUGAUGCCCUGGAUUCCAACGAUGAGUUGACACCUCUUGGAAGAAUCCUAGCCAAACUCCCCAUUGAGCCUCGGCUUGGCAAGAUGAUGAUAAUGGGCUGUAUCUUUUACGUGGGAGAUGCCGUCUGUACCAUCUCUGCAGCCACCUGUUUCCCUGAACCUUUCAUCAAUGAAGGCAAACGCCUGGGUUACGUCCAUAGGAAUUUUGCUGGGAACAGGUUUUCAGAUCAUGUUGCUUUGCUCUCUGUCUUCCAAGCCUGGGAUGAUGCAAGAAUGGGUGGUGAAGAAGCAGAAAAAAGAUUUUGUGAACACAAAAGACUCAGCAUGGCUACUCUUCGAAUGACUUGGGAAGCAAAAGUCCAGCUGAAGGAAAUACUUAUUAAUUCUGGCUUCCCUGAAGAAUGUUUGGUGACUCAACCGUUUAACAACACUGGACCAGAUAAUAAUCUGGAUGUUGUAAUCUCCCUGCUUGCUUUUGGGGUCUACCCCAAUGUCUGCUACCACAAGGAGAAGAGGAAGAUUCUUACCACUGAGGGGCACAACGCACUCAUCCACAAGUCAUCUGUCAACUGCCCAUUCAGCAGCCAGGACAUCAAGUAUCCAUCACCUUUCUUUGUUUUUGGAGAAAAGAUUCGAACGCGAGCCAUCUCUGCCAAAGCAAUGACCUUGGUCAGCCCACUCCAGCUGCUUCUCUUUGCCUCCAAGAAAGUCCUGUCGGACGGGGAGCUCAUUUUGGUCGAUGACUGGAUCAAGCUGAAGAUGCCCCACAACGCGGCUGCCUGCAUCACCGCUUUGCGUGCCGCCAUGGAGGCUCUUGUUGUGGAAGUGACCAAAGAUCCUGGGAUCAUUCAGCAGCUGGACCCAGCGCACGAGCGAAUGCUGAACGCGAUCCGCCAGCUCUCCAGGCCGUCAGCCGCAGGCAUCGGCCUCAUGGCUGCCCAGGCAAGGUUCGGUGACGGUCCUCGCCCCCCCAAAAUGCCUCGCUACGACAAUGGAGGUGGCCUCAGAGGCUGGGGCGGUUACCCGCGUGGCUCUGGCUACAGAGGGAGAGGCUACGGGGGCUACAGCUACUCGGGCAGGCGCUCCGGAGGGAGAGGAUACCAAGGUAGCCCGGGGAGAGGCUAUGGAGGUGGGGGAGGCUAUCGAGGAGGAGGGUACGGAGGGGCAGGCGGUGGCUACAGAGGAGGCUGCAGGGACGCGGGGAGGGGCGGCUGGUAG